AAAUGUUGACAGUUGCAGUCAUGUGCGGCGUAGGAGCGCUGGAACUAGAUGCGCGCUACACCUCGUGCGUGCUCGAGUUGAAUAACUCUACGAUUCCCGUUUAAAUCCUGCAAGAUUCCUUCCUUCGACCUUCAUCCUGCCAAGCGAAAUCACAUCUGCCCAAGGACAAGACCGAUACAGGACUUCUACGUUACACUUUUACCUCACAACAUGUCGAAGCCGCUCACUCUGAUAUCUGCAACCCCCUCCGCCUACGCACGGAUGAACCGCAUAGCCUUUUCCCUAAAAGGCAUCCCCUUCAAGGUCCAGAAUGAAAUCCCCUGGGAAUCCAAGACAAUCACGCCUCAAUACAACCCCCUAGAGAAGCUCCCCAUCCUACUCUUCCCCGACAAUCGGCCGCCAGUGUACGAGAGCGCCCACAUCCAGAACUACAUCGUCGAGAAAUACGCCUCUGUCGGCCCUCUCCUCCUCCCUGGCGACCUUGACGGCAACCUUCUAGCCAAGCAAAUCGUUGCUUUGAGCGUGGGGUGUAUGGACGCGCUGGUGUUGAGUGGGUGGGAGAUGCGGAGGAAGAAAGAGCAGCAGAGCCAGAAGUGGAUUGAACGGCAGAUACGGAAGGUUGAUGGUUCGAUGCGGGCUUUCAAUGACUAUGUAGAAGCUGCAAAUGGCCGGCCGUACGUUUUGGGCAAGGAGAUAAGUAUCGCAGAUAUAGGGAUCGCAUGUGCGGUCGGAGGUAUUGACUUUGUUGGGCUGAGACCUGGAUGGCAGAGGCAGUACCCGGCGUUGAGUGAGUACUGCGGUCGACUGGACCGGCUGAAGGAAUUUCAGGAUACUAAGCCGAUCAUGUUCAACAUUACGGAGCAGGUCGUCUGAAAGAUUGAGCGGCGUUCCUCUGCCUAGAUAAUAAG